UCACUCACUCACCUCUAAAAGCUCAUAAAAACAUCAAAAAAAAAAAAAUCAUAUGUUCAAUAUGGAUGGAAUAUGGGUUUACUUGAUUUCCAUUGUUUCUUCAAUCUUUCUUCUCUUGAAGCUAUUUUCACUGAAACAAACAUGGCAAAAAAACCUCCCACCUAGCCCCCCUGCACUUCCCAUAAUUGGCCAUCUGCAUCUCCUAAAAGGACCUUUCCAUAAAACUUUGCAAAGCUUAUCAAAUCAGUAUGGUCCAAUUAUAUCCCUUAAGUUUGGUUUCCAAAAUGUUCUCAUCAUAUCAUCUCCAGCCUUACUCGAUGAGUGCUUUAAUAAAAAUGCCAUUAUUUUUGCUAAUAGGCCUCGCCUUUUGGCUGGCGAAAUCCUAAACUAUAACUACACUACAAUAAAUUCUUCUCCAUAUGGCCACCACUGGCGCAACUUCCGUCGCAUUGCUGCUCGUGAAAUUUACUCAACGAAUAGGCUCAUGAUGUGCUUGAGCAUUAGACAACAAGAAGUUAGAAACCUGCUCAAAGAUCUAUUUGAAAAUUCACGCACAAGUUUCCAGAAAGUAGAGAUGAAAUCAAGGCUAUCGAAGCUUUCUUUUAACAUUAUAAUGAGGAUGAUUUUAGGGAAGCGAUGUUUAGGAGUACAAGGGGAAAUUUUAGAGGAGUCUAAAUGCAUUCGUGAUAUUAUAAGUGAGAUUUUUGCGGUGAGUGCUUCAUCAAAUCUAGGGGACUUUCUGCCAAUCCUACAAUGGAUUGAUUUCCAUGGAAUAAAGAAAAGGAUGCUGAGAUUAAAGAAAAAAAUAGAUGAAUUUGCCCAAGGUUUGAUAGAUGAGCAUCGAAAUCACAAGAAUUCUUGCACAAAAGUACAAGGAAGGACUAAGACAAUGAUUGAUAAUAUGUUAUCUCUACAAGAAUCUGAACCUGAGAACUAUUCUGAUGAAAGCAUCAAAAGCCUUUUACUGUCAAUUAUUGUUGCGGCCACGGAUACAUCAGCAGCCACAAUGGAAUGGACUAUGUCGCUUCUGCUUAACUAUCCAGAGGUACUGAAGAAGGCUAGAGCCGAGAUAAGCAAAUUUGUUGGUGAAGACCGAUUGGUAGACGAGUCCAAUUUUCCCAACUUGCCAUACUUGCAAAGCAUUAUUAAAGAGUCAAUGCGAUUCAAGACGAUAGGACCACUUCUAACGCCCUAUGAAUCAUCUGAUGAUUGCAUUAUUAGGGGUUAUCAUGUACCGCAAGGCACAAUGUUAAUAGUCAAUGCUUGGGCUAUUCACAUGGAUCCUGAUGUGUGGGAGGACCCAACAAGUUUUAAGCCAGAGAGAUUUGAAGUUUUAGAAGAUGAGGCUCAUAAAUUGAUUCCAUUUGGGUUGGGGAUGAGGGCAUGUCCUGGGGCUGGCCUGGCAAAUAAAGUGAUGGGCUUGGCCUUAGCUUCAUUAAUACAAUGCUUUGAGUGGGAGAGACCUAGUGAAGAACUAGUGGAUAUGUCUGAAGGGUCAGGGUUAACCACGCCUAAAGCACAACCAUUGGAAGCCAUGUGCAAAGCACGUGAAUCUAUGAUUAAUGUGUUGGAGAAGCUAUAAUUGGUGUUUGAUUACCUUUUUUUCAAGUGGUUAUGAAAAUAAAUAAAUAAAUGAUUGUCUACAAUCAUUGUUGUUCAAA